UUUCGUGAACGACACGAUCCGGGUCUGCCGCUACUUUCACCGUUGCUUCUCUCUCUCUCUCUCUCUGCAGCCUUUUCACUGUUAUCAGUUCACAGCAAUCCACGCAAAGAUGGAGGACCAGUACGGCUUAGCCGAUCUCCGGCAGUAUAUGAACGGGCGGCCCCAUUUUCCGGCCGGAGACCUCUUCGGCCACCGGAAUCUUACGCCCCCCCAUCAGCAUCACUAUGACAUGGUCAUGGUGCCGCCUCGCGGGCUUCAUCCUCACCACGAGUUUGGGUCUGAUACUGCCGCCGCAGCCGCCGCCACCAACACCGCUGCCAGUGUGACGGGCACGCCCAAUACUGGCAGUCUGAACAAUGGGUUGGAGGUGGAAGCCGGCGGUGGGUUCGGCGGCGACGGCGGCAGUGGAAGGUGGCCGAGGCAAGAGACUCUCACUCUUCUUGAGAUCAGAUCUAGGCUUGAUUCUAAGUUUAAGGAGGCUAAUCACAAGGGUCCAUUGUGGGAUGAAGUCUCUAGGAUAAUGUCCGAGGAACAUGGGUAUCAAAGGAGUGGGAAAAAAUGCCGAGAAAAGUUCGAAAACUUGUACAAGUAUUACAAGAAGACUAAAGAAGGGAAAGCUGGAAGACAAGAUGGCAAACACUAUAGAUUCUUUAGGCAGCUUGAAGCUCUCUAUGGUGAUUCCGGACAACCAGUUUCAGUCUCAGAAACCCAUCAUAUAUCAAACAGUAAUUUCACAUUCCAAACUGCAAGAAACAACAUCAAUGCACAAGCAAACCAGGAAUUCUUCCAAGCUGCCAAGCUCUCUGAUAGCAUUAGCCUUUCUAACUCUUCCGAAUUCGGGUUUUCUUCGUCAGAUGAGAGUGAUACUAAUGAUCAGGCUAUGUUGAUAGACACUGAUUCGGUGGAGAGGGGGAAGAAGAAGAGAAGAGGGAGAAGGACUUGGAAGGCGAAGAUAAGAGAGUUCAUUGAUUCACAGAUGGGGAAGCUAAUGGAGAAACAGGAAGAGUGGCUGGAGAAGAUGAUGAAGACUAUAGAAUCCAAAGAGCAAGAGAGGAUUUUGAGAGAGGAAGAGUGGAGGAAGCAAGAGGCGGCUAGGGUUGAACGAGAGCACGCUUUCUGGGCGAACGAGCGGUCGUGGAUUGAAGCUCGGGAUGCAGCUCUAAUGGAGGCCUUGAAGAAGUUGACAGGAAAAGAAGUGAACGAGAAUGGAGGGGAUGAGAUAAAGAAUUGUAUAAGGAAGAAGAACAAGAAAUGCAAAGAGAAUUCAAGUUACUUUCCGAGCAAUGAAUCGAUGUACAAUCAAGGAGGAGUUUAUUGUGAUGAAGCAACCAAUGGUGGAGCUUCACCACCUACUUCAAAUGCAGGCAAUAUGACCAUGAAUGAGAGCUGUUUCAAGUUCUUGGUGGGGUCUGAUCAUGGGGAAAAUCUCUGGGAAAAUUAUGCUUUGAAGCUCAGCAAAGGAGAGAAUUAGUGCACGAGACUUCUCACAUUUCAAGUGUCAAGCAGUUAAUAUAGAAACUGUUCACGAAAUUGAAGUGAUUAACUUGGUUUAAUGCUAAGAGAGAUUUGACUAGCUAUGUGUGGUUUGUGGAGGUGGGUAGCUAAUAUUAACUGAGGGAUUAGGGUUCAUGUGUAUAGGCAUAUUGAUUGGUGUUUCAUGGGUCGGAUAGUGUUGGCUAUUGGGUGUUUUUAAUCAAUUGGAGUUUAAUGGGAAAUAUUGGUGGUGGUUUGGCUUUUGAUAGGAUUCUCAUAAUCCAAUCUUUGAUGAAAUUAUUAUAUAUAUAUAUAUACCUUAAUCCUCCCUUAAG